AAAAUAAACAACAUUAAUUAUUUUUACUGAAGUCGAAAAAACACAGUUCCUAUAUAUUUGCCACCAUUUCUCACUGCGUUUAGCACAAGAGAAAAUCUACACUAAUUUUUCCCCCUGAUUUUCUCCCCCUCACAGAAAUUUAAUCAGUAUUCUUAUUCCUUUUUUUUAUUUUUUUUUUCCCUCAAAUUCCAGAAACAUCAUCUCUCAUCCCAUUUUCUUCUGUUACUUCAGAUUUUUCAAAAAUCGUGUUAUAAGUUUCAGUGGUGGUGGUGGAGGAGGAGGGCGGUGGUGCUGAUUGGCUAUGGCGGGAAAUGAUUGGAUAAACAGUUACUUGGAGGCAAUUCUGGAUGUGGGUCCUGGGCUAGUUGGUGAUGCUAAGUCCUCUCUGCUGCUUAGGGAAAGAGGGAGAUUCAGCCCAACUCGCUACUUUGUGGAGGAAGUCAUCACCGGCUUUGAUGAAACCGAUCUCCACCGCUCAUGGGCUCGAGCACAAGCUACUAGGAGUCCUCAAGAGAGGAACACAAGACUUGAGAAUCUAUGUUGGCGUAUAUGGAAUUUGGCUCGCCAGAAGAAGCAGCUCGAAGAAAAGCAAGCUCAGAGGCUUGCUAAACGCCGCAUGGAAAGAGAGAGGGGACGACGAGAAGCAGUUGCUGAUAUGUCAGAGGACUUGUCUGAGGGUGAAAAAGGAGAAACCAUGGGUGACAUAUCAGCACAUGGGGAGAGCAAACCGGGUCGUUUACCUAGAAUAAGUUCGGUAGAAACAAUGGAGGCCUGGGCUAGUCAUCAGAAAGAAAAGAAGCUAUAUAUCGUAUUGAUUAGUCUUCAUGGAUUAAUACGGGGUGAAAACAUGGAGCUUGGCCGGGAUUCUGAUACUGGUGGUCAGGUGAAGUAUGUUGUUGAACUUGCAAGGGCUUUAGGUUCAAUGCCAGGUGUCUAUCGGGUUGAUUUACUUACUAGGCAAGUAUCAUCGCCAGAAGUAGAUUGGAGCUAUGGGGAACCUACAGAGAUGUUGCCUCCUAGAAAUUCAGAAGGUUUAAGUGAGAUGGGGGAGAGUAGUGGUGCUUAUAUCAUUCGAAUUCCUUUUGGUCCUAAAGACAAAUAUAUACCUAAGGAGCUUCUUUGGCCUCAUAUUUCUGAAUUUGUUGAUGGUGCUCUUAGCCAUAUAAUACAAAUGUCAAAAGUUCUUGGUGAGCAAAUUGGUGGUGGACAUCUUGUGUGGCCUGCUGCUAUUCAUGGGCAUUAUGCAGAUGCUGGUGACUCUGCAGCUCUUCUGUCUGGUGCUCUUAAUGUGCCCAUGCUCUUCACUGGUCACUCACUUGGCCGAGAUAAAUUGGAACAACUUCUGAGGCAGGGUAGACUCUCAAGGGAUGAAAUAAAUUCGACGUACAAAAUAAUGCGAAGGAUUGAGGCUGAAGAGAUAUCCCUGGAUGCUUCUGAAAUUGUCAUAACUAGCACAAGACAGGAAAUUGAGGAGCAAUGGCGUCUAUAUGAUGGAUUUGAUCCAAUACUAGAGCGGAAGUUGCGUGCCAGGAUUAGGCGUAAUGUUAGCUGCUAUGGAAGAUUCAUGCCUCGUAUGGCUGUAAUCCCCCCGGGGAUGGAAUUCCAUCACAUUGUUCCACAUGAUGGGGAUAUUGAUGGUGAAACUGAAGGGAACGAAGAUGGAAAGUCUCCAGAUCCACCUAUAUGGGGAGAGAUUAUGCGCUUCUUCUCUAAUCCGCGAAAGCCAAUGAUACUGGCCCUUGCCAGGCCGGACCCUAAGAAAAACCUAACUACACUUGUUAAAGCAUUUGGGGAAUGUCGUCCACUGCGAGAGCUUGCCAACCUUACGUUAAUAAUGGGCAACAGGGAUAAUGUUGAUGACAUGUCGAGCACUAGUGCUUCUGUUCUUCUUUCAAUACUGAAGUUGAUAGAUAAGUAUGAUCUUUAUGGUCAAGUGGCAUACCCAAAACACCAUAAGCAGUCUGAUGUUCCUGACAUAUAUCGUCUUGCUGCAAAGACAAAGGGUGUUUUUAUCAAUCCAGCUUUUAUUGAACCUUUUGGGCUUACUCUGAUUGAGGCAGCUGCUCAUGGUUUGCCUAUGGUUGCCACAAAAAAUGGUGGACCUGUUGACAUACAUAGGGUUCUUGACAAUGGUCUUCUUGUUGAUCCUCAUGAUCAACAGUCAAUUGCUGAUGCUCUGUUGAAACUGGUUGCUGAUAAGCAACUUUGGGCAAAAUGCCGUGCGAAUGGAUUGAAAAACAUUCAUCUCUUCUCUUGGCCUGAACACUGCAAAACAUAUUUGACGAAAUUGGCAAGUUGCAAGCCCAGGCAACCGCGGUGGUUGAGUAAUAAUGAUGAUGAUGACGAAAACUCAGAAUCAGAUUCACCUAGUGAUUCCUUAAGAGAUAUACAGGAUAUAUCUUUGAAUUUAAAGUUUUCACUUGAUGGAGAAAAAAAUGUGAGUAGAGAAAAUUCAGAUAAUUUCUCAGACGCUGAUGAUCGCAAGAACAAGUUAGAAAAUGCUGUUUUGAGCUGGUCCAAGGGUGUUCUAAAGAGCUCACAGAGAUCUGGAUCUGUAGAUAAAAGUGACCCGAAUGCCGCUGGUAAAUUCCCAGCACUGAGGCGGAGGAAACAUAUUUUUGUGAUUGCGGUGGAUUGUGAUGCUUCUUCAGGCCUUUCUGAAAGUGUGAAAAAGAUAUUUGAUGCUGUGGAGAAGGAAAAGGCAGAAGGCUCUGUAGGAUUCAUAUUGGCCACAUCUUUUACCUUUUUGGAAUUGCGUUCGUUUCUGGUUUCAGAAGGCUUGAGUGCAACUGAUUUUGAUGCCUUCAUUUGCAAUAGUGGUGGUGAUCUUUAUUAUUCAUCCCCUAACUCUGAUGAUAACCCUUUUAUAGUUGACUUGUAUUACCAUUCACAUAUUGAAUAUCGAUGGGGAGGUGAAGGAUUGAGGAAGACGUUGGUUCGGUGGGCAUCUUCAUUUACAGAAAAAGUUGGUGACAAAGAAGAACAGAUCGUAGUUGAGGAUGAAAAGAACUCAGCCGAUUACUGUUAUUCAUUUAAAGUUCGCAAGCCUGGCAUGGUUCCUCCAGUAAGGGAAAUCAGGAAGCUGAUGAGGAUUCAGGCGCUCCGCUGUCAUGUUAUUUAUUGUCAAAGUGGGACUAAAAUUAAUGUCAUUCCAGUGUUAGCAUCUCGGUGCCAAGCACUCAGGUAUUUGUAUCUUCGAUGGGGUAUGGAUUUGUCGAAGGUGGUUGUCUUUGUGGGAGAAAGUGGGGACACUGAUUACGAAGGAAUGCUUGGUGGUGUACACAAGUCUGUGAUAUUAAAAGGAGUCUGCAAUGGGGCCAGCAGCCAACUUCAUUCCAACAGAAGCUACCCACUUACUGAUGUGGUUGCCUUGGACAGCCCUAAUGUUAUUCAGACAACUGAAGAAUGCAGCAGUGAUGAACUCCGUUCCUCACUAGACAAUUUUGGUGUUUUCAAAAGCUAAUAAAUAUGUGAACGUCCUUCAAUAUUUUUUGUUUUGUUGUAAGCUUUUGACAAUUGACAUGAAGAAAUAUUUCAUGCCUAAUGGGAAGGGGCAUCUUUUGUUCCUUCAACAGCAUAUAUAUAUUCCCCACAUACUCGAAAGAAAAGUAUAAUAAUCAUAUAUAACUUGAAUUUUUUUUAAUCCUUUUGUUGGACCCUUGAUGAAACACUGAUCAGAGUUGUUUUCUUCUAUUGUACCCUUUUGCCGGUGUAGCCGAAAGGCUGUAAUGCUCAGCUAUAGAAUUGACACUCCAAUCAUGAUACAUGAGAUUAGAUGUAUUAUAUGUAUAUAGUUUGCUUGUGUUUAGAGUGAAACUUCUCAUAUGAAUAAGUUAAUGCAGGAAUACAAAAGAAGAAUCUUUGUCCUGUACCAUGGUUUUGUCACAACUCGUGCUGGGUUGUAAAAGAUGCUAUGUGCUUUUUCCAUGUGCAAUCCCAACGAUUCGGCCGCAACAAUUUGGGUUACUUGUGAACCAUAGUAAAAUACAACACGGUUGCUGGUUCUUCUGGGUAUAAAUCAUUGUCGGGUUUUACCUUGAAUUCUAAACGUAGAAGAAACUCUGCGGAUGAAUUAGGAGGAGCAUAUCAGAUAAUCUGGAGAUUCUCUCAGUUCGAUUUGUCUUCGUCAAAUUCCAUGGAAGGAAAGGCAAACAGAUUCACCAAACGUUUGAUAUUGUGAGGAUUCCGCAUCCUUUCUUGCUAUACAUGAAGCAUUGAAAACGAACCUACGACUAAUAAAACUUCUCGAAAUGGACUGAAGUCUAUACGAAGAAUUUGUUCCGCAAUCCACAUCACAGAAUCUUAUGCCUAGUUUUUGUGUACGAUGAUGUACUAGAAAAGCAAUUAGUAAUAACGGGUACAGCAACUUGUAACUAAAAUGUGUCACGUCAAACCUAAAAACACC